GUUCACGCCCAACAAUUAUAAAUGAAAUAGCAGACUUAUUUAAGCGGCUUAUUAAUGAAUGUUGGGAAACUGUACUGACAAAACGACCAACUGCGAAUGCAUUGAUGGAAAUAUUUAAUAACUGGGCAGUGAAUGUGAAUGAUCCAGAAGCAUGUUAUGCAAAUAGAUUAUUCAACAUUUCAAAUUUGCCAAAACUUGAUGAUUUAAGUAAUUUGUAUACGCAGCCUGUUUUAGAUCAAG